CUGAGGCGGGGACCGGUGGGCUGAGCUGAAGAGGGAGCCAGAGCCGGAACCGAGCCUGAGCCGGAGCCCGAGCGGUGCGUCCGCGCGCUGAUGGGCCGGGGCUGACGGCGCGUCACCGCCUCCUGCAGGACCCACCUCGCCUUCCUCUGGGGCUCAGCGGAUGCUCCGGGUCAGGCACCGAUCGGCUUGGGGUGCAGGUCCGAAUCUCCUCGGCUCCCCCGCCUCAGCCGCGCUACCAUGUCCACGCAGAGACUUCGGAACGAGGAUUACAAUGACUACAGCUCCACGGACGUGAGCCCAGAGGAGAGCCCAUCCGAAGGCCUAAACAACUUCUCUUCCCCUGGCUCUUACCAGCGGUUUGGGGAAAGCAACAGCACAACAUGGUUCCAGACUUUGGUCCACUUGCUAAAAGGCAACAUUGGCACCGGCCUCCUGGGGCUGCCUCUGGCAGUGAAGAAUGCAGGCAUCUUGAUGGGUCCCCUCAGCCUGCUGGUGAUAGGCAUCGUGGCUGUGCACUGCAUGGGUAUCCUGGUGAAAUGUGCUCAUCACUUCUGCCGCAGACUGAACAAGCCCUUUGUGGACUAUGGGGACACAGUGAUGUACGGACUGGAAUCCAGCCCCAGCUCCUGGCUCCGGAACCACGCGCACUGGGGAAGGCACCUGGUGGACUUCUUCCUGAUUGUCACGCAGCUGGGGUUCUGCUGUGUCUACUUUGUCUUUCUGGCUGACAACUUUAAACAGGUGAUCGAAGCGGCCAAUGGGACCACCAACAACUGCCACAACAAUGAGACUGUGAUUCUGACGCCCACCAUGGACUCCCGACUCUACAUGCUCACCUUCCUGCCCUUCCUGGUGCUGCUGGUUUUUGUCAGGAACCUCCGAGCCCUGUCCAUCUUCUCUCUGUUGGCCAACAUCACCAUGCUGGUUAGCCUGGUUAUGCUCUACCAGUUCAUUGUCCAGAAUAUCCCAGACCCCAGCCACCUCCCCUUGGUGGCUCCCUGGAAGACCUACCCUCUGUUCUUUGGCACGGCCAUUUUUGCGUUUGAAGGCAUUGGGAUGGUUCUGCCCCUUGAAAACAAAAUGAAGGAUCCUCAGAAAUUUCCGGUCAUCCUGUACGUGGGAAUGGCCAUCAUCACCGCCCUGUACAUCAGUCUGGGGUGCCUGGGGUACCUGCAGUUUGGAGCUAACAUCCAAGGCAGCAUAACCCUUAACCUGCCCAAUUGUUGGCUGUACCAGUCGGUCAAGCUGCUCUACUCCAUUGGCAUCUUCUUCACCUACGCCCUCCAGUUCUACGUCCCGGCCGAGAUCAUCAUCCCCUUCUUCGUGUCCCGCGUGCCCGAGCACUGCGAGCUGGUGGUAGACCUGUUCGUGCGCACUGUGCUGGUCUGCCUGACAUGCGUCUUGGCCAUCCUCAUCCCCCGCCUGGACCUGGUCAUCUCCCUGGUGGGGUCCGUGAGCAGCAGCGCCCUGGCCCUCAUCAUCCCGCCCCUCCUGGAGAUCACCACCUACUACUCGGAGGGCAUGAGCCCCAUCACCAUCGCCAAGGACGCCCUGAUCAGCAUCCUGGGCUUCGUGGGCUUUGUGGUGGGGACGUAUGAGGCCCUCUACGAGCUGAUCCAGCCAAGCAGUGCUCCUGUCUUCAUCAACUCCACCAGUGCCUUUGUAUAGCGAUCUGCCCGCCCCGCCCCUGUGUGUUCCCCAGCCCCUGGCCCCAGAGCCUCAGCUAGGGUCCGGGCUCUGGGGAAAGGCGAGGUUGCUGUCCAGGAGCCCCUCUACCCGGCAGCUGGGUGCCCUGGGCACAGGAGAGAGUGGGUAGCAGAUAUGCAGAGGCCCCUCUUAGUGGCAGGGCCACCCCUGUUCAUUUGUACUUACAUUAACCCAGAACUUUGCAACUCUUUUCCCUCAUCCUGUCUCCUCCCUUACCUGCCUCCCUCCUUCUGACCCACCUCACCCAAUUAUUCCUGUUGCACAGCUCACUUUAUUUAAAAAUCUUAGCAUCCCCCACCUCCUGUUUUCUCCUUUCCAGGCCCAGGCCUGGAUUAAAUGAGUGGGAAGGCUGGGCCUCUCUCUUUCUCAUACCUCUCCCAGAUAUUUUACCUCAGUUUCCUCCAACCUGUUCAAGUCUCCAGGAGGUGCCUGGACCUACCUAGUAGUUAAAAACCAGCCUUCCAGAGCUGGAGCUUUUAAUCUUUACUCUCUCUGCCUGUGACCCUUGGCAACACCUCCUCCAAAUUCCUCGUGUGGGUCACAGUGUUGUAUUCUUAGAUGCUUUAGCUUCCGAAAGAUAUCAAGUCCUGCCUAAAUUGAAAAUAUUUAUAUUUUAUUUAAAAUUAGCUUCUGUUUUUAGAUUGUCUCUAGAUCUGGGGUUAUUGUGGAUUGUUUCUUCCUCAGUAAGCUUUUACUAGGUUUCUCCUGCUGAAAAGAAACUUGCUCUAGGAAAUGUGUGCUUAGGUCCUCAGCACCCUUGUCUGAGUACCCCAGAGGUUUUAAUCAGGAUCAUUUUCACGUGUACCUCUGUGGGGAGGUAUGGACUUUGCCUCCCACUGACCAGCCUGGUUUCAUAUUGAGAAGACAUGCAGGACUCAGGAUAUGUUUGCCAGUGCACUGGGCCGAGGAAGGAUGGCCGAGUGGGAUGUGCUGCUUUCCGCAGGAGGCUUAUAAAAUGGUCGCGUCGUGCGCUGAGGCCCCCGACGGGCACAUGGCACGCUAGCGUUCAGUUGCCAGCACGUCGGGAGGACACCCACACUUCGCCGUGGAUGAGAAGACGGGGCCAGUGAGCACAGAGCGUGAAGUUCAGUUCACAGAAUUAA